AUGGCAGAAGGAACGAGAUCAUAUGCACAGAUCCUUGAUUCUAUUGAGGAUGCCAUUGCGGUCCUGGCUCAGCAGCAAGAAGCAGCAAGGUUAAUAAGGGAGACUCAGGAUAGGAAGUUUGCUGAAUUAUUGCAGCAUCUUUCAAAGCUUCCUUACAAUCCUCAAUUGGAAGGUAAUGCUCAGAAUACAAGAAAUGGACUUGGUUUUCAACAAUCGCGAGAAGGUGAAACAGACGAUGGUAUGGGAGAAGUUUAUUGCACAAACAUGGGUGACAGAUCUAAUAUGAGGCAAAUAAAGCUGGAUUUUCCAAGAUUUGGUGGAAAAGAUCCUACAGCUUGGAUUUAUCGAGCCAAUCAGUAUUUUCUGUAUCAUCAAGUGCCCCAUGGUCAGAGGAUUUUUAUAGCCUCAUUCCACAUGGACAAUGAUGCUUUGGUGUGGUUCCAAGAUGCAAGUGAGUCUGGAAUUUUUCAUUCUUGGGAGGAAUUCAUUCAAGCAGUGCAGGUUCGAUUUGGUUCAUCUGCUUAUGAUGAUCCUAUGAAGGCAUUGACACGCUUAAAACAGGUUCAUUCUGUUACUGCUUAUAAGACUGAGUUUGAAUUACUUUCCAAUCGUAUUAAAGGCAUUUUUGAAAGAAACAAAUUAAGCUGUUUUUUAAGUGGCUUAAAAGAUGAGAUUAGACUGCCAAUAAGAAUGUUGAAUCCUUCUUCCUUGAAUGACGCUUUUGGUUUAGCAAAAAUUCAAGAGCAGUAUGUUUGGAGUGCAAAGAAGUCAUGGAGAGGUAGCUCUAGUGAUUCUCAACAAUUGAAUGUGGGAGCUUCUGUUUUCGGAAACCCUAAGAAGUUUGGAAAUGUUUUUGAUGAACCUACUACUUUGCCUCCUCAUAGAGAUCGAGAUCACCAAAUUAAUCUCAAGAAGGAUACUGUACCUGUGAGUGUGAGGCCAAACAGAUAUCCUUACUUUCAAAAAACAGAAAUAGAGAAGAUCGUAUCUGAAUUACUCAAGUCUAGUGUGAUUAGACCAAGCCAGUCCCCAUUUUCAUCUCCUGUAUUGUUAGUGAGGAAAUCUGAUGGGUCUUGGAGGAUGUGCAUCGAUUAUAGGGUGCUAAAUGAAGCUACUGUUAAGGAUAAGUAUCCAAUACCAAUUCUUGAUGAGUUAUUGGAUGAGCUAUUUGGCUCAACAGUUUUCUCUAAACUGGAUUUGUGGUCUGGUUAUCACCAGAUUCGAAUGAGGGAUGAGGAUAUACCAAAAUUUACAUUUAGGACUCAUGAGGGUCACUAUGAGUUCCUUGUCAUGCCAUUUGGCCUCACAAAUGCUCCCUCAACAAUUCAAGCAUUGAUGAAUGAGGUUUUUAAGACUUUUCUUAGGCAGUUUGUCAUAUUAUUUUUUGAUGACAUUCUUGUCUAUAGUAAGGACAUGGCAUCCCAUUUAAUUCAUUUGACUACUAUUUUGAAGACAUUGGAGGCUAAUCAAUUGUUUGCAAAGAGGUCAAAAUGUCACUUUGCUUGUUCAGAAAUUGAGUACCUUGGCCAUUUAAUCUCUAAAGAUGGUGUAAGAGCUGAUCUGAGGAAGCUGGAAUCAAUGGUGUCCUGGCCAAUUACAAAAACUCUUAAAGCAUUGAGGGGUUUCUUGGGAUUAACAGGCUAUUACAGAAAGUUUAUUCGUGGGUAUGGUCAAAUUGCAGCACCUUUAACUCUUUUGUUAAAAAGAGAUGCUUUUAAGUGGUCAGAGGCAGCAACUAAUGCCUUUGAAGAAUUGAAGAAGGCAGUCACAAAUCCUCCUGUUUUAUGUUUACCUGAUUUUAAUAAACAGUUUAUAGUGGAAUGUGAUGCAUGUGGAGUGGGAGUAGGAGCUGUCUUGAUGCAAGAACAGAAAGUGGGAACAGAUGCUCAGCAGAGGUCGAUUUCUAAGCUUUUAGGCUAUGAAUUCACAAUUGAGUACAAGAAGGGAGUUGAAAACAAAGCAGCAGAUGCUUUGUCAAGGAAGGCAAUCUCAGAUGACACAACAUUAAUGUCUGCUACCUCAUUUCCUACUCCAAUCUGGUUGGAGGAAUUGAAACAAGCUUAUGCAUCAGAUCAGAAGGCACAAGACCACUUGGCAGCAUUACAAAGGGGUUCUCCUCUUUCAUCUUCUGCAUUUUCUAUCAAGCAUGGGUUGUUAUUUAGGAAAGGCAGAAUUUAUAUACCUGAUAAUCCAGAAUUGAAACUGAAAAUUUUGCAUUUUAUCCAUGCUAGUCCAUCUGCUGGACACUCAGGUUUCCAUAAGUCAUUGCAUCAAGCUAGACAAGAUUUUUAUUGGCUUGGCCUUAAACGUGAAGUGAAACAGCCUAGGUUUUGGUUUGAUUGGUUGACCUUGGUUGAAUGGUGGUAUAAUUCCACUCCUCCUACUUCCACCAAGUUGACUCCUUUUGAGGUGGUGUAUGGUAGACCUCCAACAAAGUUGCAAGCUUAUAUACCUGGUUUAACUACUAACCAAGCAGUUGAUGAGGUUUUGAGGACUCGAGAUCAAAUUCUUUCUACUCUUAAGAGUAAUUUGGCUGCUGCUCAGGAGAGGAUGAAGUGUCAAGCUGACAAGAAGAGAACUGAAAGAGAGUUUGCUAUUGGGGAUUGGGUUUAUUUGAGAUUGCAGCCUUAUAGGCAACAAUCAUUGAUGGUUAGAAGGAAUCUCAAGCUUUCUCCUCAUUUCUUUCGACCUUUUCAGAUUGUUCAAAUAGUGGGACAGGUUGCUUACAAGUUGGAAUUGCCACCAACUAGCUCUAUUCAUGCAGUUUUUUCAUAUUUCUUACCUUAA